AUGAUCGGACGCAGCUUGCUGCAUCAUGCAAAUCUGGAGAGGUGUUUCUGGGCUGAAGCGGCAAUGAAGGCGAUCUACAUCAAGAACCGCCUGCCUUUACCCAAGAUCGACCACAAGACUCCGUUCGAGAUCGUGUACAAGUCGAAACCAAGUAUCAAGCACAUGCGUGUGUUUGGAUGUUAA